UUUUGUUAGCAUUUAGCAGCUGUGGCAGCAGCACCGAGCGUAUUUGAAUUUCCGCCCUCGGUGUUGACAUGUCUCACGUCCAGAAGCUUCGGCUGUUCGCCAGUCAGCGUCUGAACGAGGCGCUCGAACAGAUCCUGGAGGCCUUUGAAAAAACUAUCGUGAAAUACGAAGAAGAAGCGGCUCUGAAUCGGGAAGUGAUCUCCCGCCAGCACGCGCUGCUCUGCGCGUUGAACAACCCCGUAAUGACGGAAAAGGAUGGAGGCGUCUUCACACAGCAGCAGCUAUUCGGUAAAGAUGUCCCAUCUAACCACCAGAACCGGAGCCAGGUUUCUGAGCCUUCACAUGUCCAGCAGAAACAGGGAGAGCACGACCUGGACGAGGUUGAGAUCAUUGAGUUCACCUACAACUCCAAAAACUCAAAAAWCCCUCAUCACAACGUUGAAGCAUCAGCUGAACCGGGAUCGUUGUCUCAAAGUCAGAAUGGCUCCAUAGAGUUGUCCAGUGAGACUGAAGACAGCGAUGACUACAGCAAAGACUCUGCCAGACCCGCUUCGGAAAACCCAGAGGGGCGUUCAAGACCCAAAGACGGGUUCAGCUGCCUGUCCUGCAGCCGUACCUACACGACUCGCCUGGUUUUGUUCAGACACGUCCGAGCUCACAUCCGAGACACCAAGAAGGUCUGCGGCCUGUGCGGGGAGCGGUUCGAGGCCGCAGACGAUCUGAAGAGUCACUUCCAGACGCACUGCAGGACCAGGAAGAAACAAAUCCAGGUCAGGACCCGGAGCAGAGAGGCGCGGCUUCAGCAGCUCUCCGAGGUCCACCAGAACAAGACGACGGAGAAAUCAGACGACUCCAACAAGUCUCCAGGGAGGAAGCUCAGAGGUCGGCCAAAAAAGAACAAAGCCGGCAAGGACGAUCCAGCAGAAAAGAAAAAGAGGAAGAGGAAAACCUGAAGGGAGCUUUUGAUGGAAGUUUUUAGGACAUGUUUCAAAAGUUGAAAAUAAAGUUCAUUCACUUAUUUUUAUAUUGGAUACUAUGACAAAUUUAAAACUGUUUGAACACUUUUUUUCCCUSUAAGUUUGCAAACAUCUGUGUUUCAUGUCUUGCCAGUAUUUUAUUUCCAUAAUUAGAUGCUGGUGACAACUAGACUUCAUUUAUUUGAAUCUCAUUCAAAAAAGCAGAACUAUAAAAUGAAAACUUUUUUUAUGGCAGCAGACACCAAGGAGUGGAUCGGUGAAAUGUCAGUGUUURUACUAAUGAGAGAUGUUGGCAGCAUUUAUUUUUGUUCCUUGUUAAUUUCUGUAUCAGUUAUAAAUUUGGUUAAAUUACCUAUUGUAAGAAGUUUUUAUUUUUAUAUGUGAAGAAACAGAGUUCUAUAUUAAAAUAGUUUUCUUCAAGUCA